CGGCCCAAAAUCAGAAUUUGACAGCUCCAUCAGACCAUCACUAACUAAAUUUUUUGUCAAAAGAAUAUUCUUGAAAAUUUCACGCUUCCGUUCUAUGUCGACAGUGUUUCCAAGCGCCUAAACGCGGCACAAAAACCUUUAUAUUGGUAUUAUUAAUCAUAAAUUUGGAAAUUCUUUUGACUAUCUUUGGAAAUUGUUCAAUGUUUUCUUUCACCCCUCCUCCAAUCUUUGCAGGUCGGUUUCUUUUAUUCUUUCUUAUAUUGAAUCUAUGUUGAUCUUUUUUAUGCUGUUGCUUUUUUCCGCUGUGUGGAUGCUUUGAUUAGUCAGAAACCCAUUUUGAUUCCAUCAAAUUCCUACCAUUUCAGAAUCCUUAUCUUCAAAGUAAAAACCCUACAAUUUUCGGUGAACAUUUUCAUUUCCAUUUCCAAUUUUUCUUGGGUUGUAUUUGGUAAUUAUCACGUGAAAGUGGACAGCUUGCAGCAUAUUAAUGUCUUUUGUACUUGUUAUUGGUUGUGGUGCAUUAGUUCUGGCUUAUGGUGACUCCGACGGGGCCAAAGUAAGGGUUUAUAGAAAAUUGUGGAGUUUAUUUUGGGAAUUGGGGUUUUCUUCUGCAGAUUUUUGAAGUGUGAUUGCUGAAGGAGGGGGAAUGGAGGAACAUGCGCAGCUGAAAAGGGCUUUGAUUGAUGCAUCUGCUGGCGCCAUUUCCGGUGGGAUUUCAAGAACCGUGACCUCACCGCUCGACGUGAUUAAAAUCAGAUUUCAGGUUCAAUUGGAACCCACUACACAAUGGGCUUUGCUUCGGAGAGAUCCAUAUAGUCGAUCAAAAUAUACUGGUAUGCUGCAAGCAACAAAGGACAUUUUUAGGGAGGAAGGCUUGCCGGGUUUCUGGAGGGGGAAUGUCCCGGCCUUGCUUAUGGUGAUGCCGUACACAGCAAUACAAUUUACAGUUCUGCACAAAUUGAAGUCGCUUGUUUCUGGUUCAUCCAAGUCAGAAGACCAUAUGAAUAUAAGUCCGUAUCUUUCGUAUGUUAGUGGGGCAUUAGCAGGAUGUGCAGCCACUGUUGGAUCCUAUCCGUUUGAUCUUAUAAGAACCCUUUUAGCUUCACAAGGGGAGCCAAAGGUUUAUCCUAAUAUGAGGGCCGCAUUCUCUGAUAUACUUGCAAAGCGUAGCUUUCGAGGGCUUUACGCUGGACUGACACCUACACUGAUCGAGAUAGUUCCUUACGCUGGAUUGCAGUUUGGAACAUACGAUACAUUCAAACGUUGGACCAUGGGUUGGAAUCAGUACAGAUCUGGUUAUGAUACGGAAGCAGAUGAUUCUCUCUCAAGCUUCCAGCUUUUUCUAUGUGGAUUGGCUGCUGGCACUUGUGCUAAAGCUGUAUGUCAUCCACUUGAUGUGGUGAAGAAGAGGUUUCAGGUUGAAGGGCUGCAACGGGAUCCAAGAUAUGGAGCUCGAGUGGAGCACCGUGCUUACAGAAACAUGUACGAUGCCCUACGCCAAAUUUUGCAUAAAGAGGGCUGGGCAGGUCUUUACAAGGGCAUCACCCCUUCAAUCGUCAAAGCUGCACCCGCGGGUGCUGUGACCUUUGUUGCUUACGAAUUCACGUCAGACUGGUUAGAGUCCCUCUUGACUUGAUUUUGUUUCUCUUUUACACCUUUCUCAAUCUACCUCUUCAACCAUUCAUUCUUUUGCAUUAGAGCAAUUUUGAUUACAGUUUAUCUUGAGAUGUUCCCUCAAAGAUGAGGGGUACCGCCUGCAUAUUGUUUUGUACGAGGAAUAAUUCAUAGGCAUAUAGUGAUAGCCAAUAUAGCAGAAAGUCAGUGAGAUUAUAGGCUUUAAUGAGACAACAUUUGAUUCUAUUACUCUUGUAUUUUUGUAGCAUAGUUUAAUAGUAAUGUUCAUUUUACUGCUGCUGAUUUUAGAAUUCUCUUCACAUUGAGCAAUGGUUUUGAUUGCAUGAUUAAGCAAUUUAUUUUUGUACUGUCA